UCCAUUUUCCUUGUUUUUCUUUCAUUUUCAGUCUCUCCGUGAUCCAUUAUCUUCUCUUUCUCUGCCACUGGCCAUCUUCCCUCUUCCCAUACCAGCCCUCUGGAAGGCCGAAGCUGGCUUGGGAGAAGCUGGAAGGGAGGGGGGUCAUCUCUGUGAGCUCAGUGGUGGGUGGGGUCCGAUGCGGACAGACGUACUCUCGUGGGGCUCUGUGGAGGGCCGUGGGCCUGGCCUGAAGGGCCUGGGGCAGACAAGGCCUCGGUUAUGAUCACGACCGGGUGGCGGCAGCCUUGCCUUCCUUCUCUGCGGUCAGCCAAGGCAGCCUGGAAGACCGGAUUGGGUGGCGGCGCUCACGCGCCCAGGCCAGGCGCCUUUGUGUGCCCACAUGCAUGGCAAGGAGGCCUGCUCCUGCCUCACUGGCCCCUCGCCAAGCUCGGCAGAGCCCCGUACUGCUCCUCUCAGAGAGCGGGGUUGGGAAGUUCCUCUUAGGCUCUCCAGGCCUGAAAGACAGCCCUGGGGUUCAGCAAGGACAAACGAACCCCACUAGGGCAAAGGCUUGGCGGCUUGCUUUCCAGUAGGUUCUAUCAGGUUCGAAAAGUGUUAGAUAGGGUACCCUAGUUCGACCAGGCUAUAUUUUAAAUAGGGAAGAGGAAUUCCAAAUGCCAGGACCUUGGGAUAUAAACUUGAAUCCUUGCUCCAAGUUGUAGUCUACGUUCGAAGGGCCAUUCUCACUAUUGGAAACUGAAAACAACCUUCUUUCCCUUGGUGCAUACAUCCAAACUUGCUUCCCUUCCCAGCUCUACCUGGGGGCCCAGGUGCUGUGUGCAUGGUGCCCGCAGGUCAGGAUGCCGGUCUCUGAAUGUCACACAUCUGGCUCCCCUUCUGCCCUCUGCCAGACUUGGACAGUGAGUUGAUUUCCUAGACCAAGGCUUUGGAAGGACUCUCCAGUGAGAAUGGAGAGGCUCUCAAUUAUAGCCACUUCUUUUUUAAAUGCACAAAUAAUCCUCUUAACUUCCCAAAUAAAAACACACAAAAGCCUGAAUAUUUUUAUUCCAAACCUCUUGGCUGAGGAACAACAAAAUUUGGUUUGGGGUUUUUGCCUUUUCUUUUUCCUUCUGGGCAUAAAUAAUAGUAGUUUAAUAUGCAAAGCCUACUGAUUAUUCAGUAACUAUUUUAGGUCUAGAGUCAUCUAAAGGAACAUCCCAUUUUUAUGAAAACAAAACAAAACUAACAACCAUUCAAUGCCUUCCUGGGUACAAAACUUGACAAAGGUGGCUAGGCCCACGAAUCUGUUUGCAGACAGUCAAAUUCGGAGGGAAAUUGUUUUCCCAAGACCUCUUUUUCUUCAUAGAAAUCUCAGAGGCCAGGAGGACUGCCGCUUUGGGGGACAUCUUAGGCUGCGGAGUGGGUGGAAAUAGAGGACUUUCUACAGAAAGGAAAACAGCCGGGAAGGGGGCCGAGACGGCCUGGACUGGCCACGUCGGAGGUCAUUGUGUCGGCCACUUCCCUCUUCCCUGGCCAGGCACAGGCUCUGGGAAAAGCUUACUCCGUAGCAAUAAGGCUGCAGGCUGUGCCUUUCUCGAGAUUAGGGGGGCUCUUGGUGAGAAGGCAGAAAAGAAAAGAGAAAAGAAGAAAAGAUCAGGGAGCCGGCCUUGCUGCCUAGCCCUUGCAGAGAGGGAAGGGAGCUAAUGAGAAACACACUCUUGCAGGCCCAGAAUUCACAAGCACGUGAAUUUAAUUACACCAUUUCUAGGAGUCCAGCUUGCUGUUUGAAAUUGGGAUGGUGGGUGUUUUGUUUUGUUUUGUUUUUCAUUUCCAAUUAACAGAGAGGCUGUGGUCUUUGUAUUUACCCCCAAAGGCUUUAAGGGGUGAGGAAUCCUCUUCCAAGACUUCUGAGGUACCCAGGCCAAGAGAUUAAAGUCAAUGCCCCGUGCUCCUCCUGUUAAAAUUUCUCACCCUGGACUUGAGCUGCAGCGCCUGGCUUUGGGCUUUGAGCUUUGUAAUGCUCUCUGUCUAGCCAGUAACUGGGGCGCAGGGCGGCGACUGGCAGCAAGGACAAGCCUUAUUGAAGGCCUUAUUCUGGGUCUAGGGUCCCACCACUACCGGCUCCCUGGUCACUAGAACCGUGGGUCUCUUAGGUGGGACUGCUUUGUCGCUUACCAGUGCCGCGGACAUGUCUCCCUGCGCCGGUGGUUGGUUCGGGGAGCACCCCGAGGCUGGCAAAGCACAAAGUUAGGGCCCUCAAAGAAGUCAGAGACCAGGGUCCGGCGACUCUAGAUUUCAGGCUGUCCCGGAGCCAGACUCUCCUGGUGCGUUUAUGCACCCGGCCCCGCACCAGCCCGCAGAGCGCGGGCCUUGAAAUCCUUCUCCCCAGUGUGGCCGCUCCCGCCCAGGCCAGCGUGCUGCUCAUAGGGGGACUUUCUCUGGAGGCGCCGCUGUGAAUUAGGGGCUGCCAGGAUGCCUGGCCUCGCGCCCCAGGCGGCCAGAUUUGGGGGCUGCUGCAGUCGGGGGUCCUCCUCCAAGGCCUGUCCCUGCCUGGCAUGCUUGGCCCAGGGGCGGCGGCAGACAGGCAGCUGUUUUGGGAGGGUGACUGGGUUGAAUUUGACUUUUCAUGGCCGGCCGGUGGUAAACUGGCAUCUCCUGGGGCCCGCAGGGAUUAUUUACAUGGCUCUCACCAACCAAACACAACAGUCUAAUUUAACCUUUCCAAGUCCUCAUAAAUUUUUACAGCUGGGAGCCACUGAGGCAAACGAAUCUGUUGGUCGUUCCGGACUUCCCACCAGUCUGCGUGGCUUCUGAAACAAUAACUCCUUAUGAAAUAUCAUAAAUAUAUAUUUAAAUACAGUAGAGCGAGAAUGCGAUGUGGCUGCCUUUUUUAUGGUUUCAAUUAUUGUCUAAUUUUAUGUGAGGGGCUCUGCUGGCCGCAUUUGCACGGGGGACCCGCGCCUUCCUGAUAGCGUGAUUAAUUGUGAUAUAAAAUAGUCCUCUUAAGGUGUGUGUGUGUGUGUGUGUGUGUGUGUGCGCGCGCGCGUGCACGAGCGUGUCUGCUGGUGCUAGUGGUUGGGUGUACACAGGCUAGACCCGAUUUGAUCUUUUAAUCUUUGCUGGCCGCAAUUAAAACAAACCUGAUUGUAGAGCGGCGCGAUUCCUUUGCAUAAAAACAUAUGGCUUUUGCUAUAAAAAUUAUGACUGCAAAACACCGGGCCAUUAAUAGCGUGCGGAGUGAUUUACGCGUUAUUGUUCUGCUUGGCGGGCACGUGACGCGCGCGGCCAAUGGGGGCGCGGGCGCCGGCAACUUAUUAGGUGACUGUACUUCCCCCCUGGUGCCAUCAAGUUGUUACAUGAAAUCUGCAGUUUCAUAAUUUCCGCGGGUCGGGCCGGGCCGGCCGGGCACGGGGCACGGCGAUGGCCACCACCGGGGCCCUGGGCAACUACUACGUGGACUCCUUCUUGCUGGGCGCCGACGCCGCCGAUGAGCUGGGAGCGGGCCGCUACGCGCCGGGGGCCCUGGGCCAGCCCCCGCGGCAGGCGACCGCGCUGGCCGAGCACCCCGACUUCAGCCCGUGCAGCUUCCAGUCUAAGGCGGCAGUGUUCGGCGCCUCCUGGAACUCGGUGCACGCGGCGGGCGCCAACGCCGUGCCCGCCGUGUACCACCACCACCACCCCUACGUCCACCCCCAGGCGCCGGUGGCAGCAGCGGCGCCGGACGGCAGGUACAUGCGCUCCUGGCUGGAGCCCACGCCCGGCGCGCUCUCCUUCGCGGGCUUGCCCUCCAGCCGGCCUUACGGCAUUAAACCUGAACCGCUGUCGGCCAGAAGGGGUGACUGUCCCACGCUUGACACGCACACUCUGUCCCUGACUGACUAUACUUGUGGUUCUCCUCCAGUUGAUAGAGACAAACAGCCCAGCGAAGGCGCCUUCUCCGAAAACAAUGCUGAGAAUGAGAGCAGCGGAGACAAGCCCCCCAUCGAUCCCAAUAACCCCGCAGCCAACUGGCUGCACGCACGCUCCACGCGGAAGAAGCGCUGCCCCUACACUAAGCACCAGACGCUGGAGCUGGAGAAGGAGUUUCUGUUCAACAUGUACCUCACCAGGGACCGCAGGUACGAGGUGGCCCGGCUGCUCAACCUCACGGAGAGGCAGGUCAAGAUCUGGUUCCAGAAUCGCAGGAUGAAAAUGAAGAAAAUCAACAAGGACCGAGCAAAAGACGAAUGACGCACUUGGGGUUCAUUUAGAAGAGAGCUAGAGAGGAGAAAGAAAGGACUACUGGGGGCCCCUGCCCUUGUCCCUGCCCCCCACCCCAGCCUCCACCACCCUGCACCAAGCAGCACUAAACCCCAGGUCUCAGCUCCCCAAGGCAAAACCCUGCUCAGGCUGGUACCUCGGCCUGUUGCUUUCAUGGAGGAGGUAUUGUAAGCCUUCCAUUUUCUAUAAGGUGACAAAGGGGGUGGGGGGCGCACUGGUACUGGUGGCUGACCGUGCAAACUUGUAUAUAUCUCUUCAAAUAAAUCUACCUGUUCCUGCUAAAACAACAACAAAAAAAGAACUACCUUUUAAUGAUGCACAACUGUUGACGGCGGGCUGUGUAGUUUUUAGACUGCGUAGUUAAUUUAAUUUGCCCUUUGUGCGGGCUGGGCGAUCUGCAGAGAUACUUGAACACUGUGUUUUAUUGUGGUAAUUAUGUUUUGUGACUCAAACUUCUGUGCUGGGUGAUGUACCCGUUGUGAUUGUGGAAGCUAGAAUUCAAUUUGAACUCAGGUUGUUUAUGAGGGGAAGGUGGUGGUGGGGGGAUGACAAAAAAUAAACGGAAAAAAAACCCCAGUCGCAUAGAGAUAGCUCUGUAGUGGAAAACGUCUUCUGUGUAACUAGGCAGUUAACCUUUGAUUGUAAACUAGCUGUAAGGAUUUCCCUAUGAAAUAAAAAUGUUAAAGCAAAUGAAGGGUUCUCCAGGAUGCAUUGAUUCAUAGCUCUCUCCACUGUGGAAAUGCAGGCAUUUUUUGCGGGGGAGGGAUGUCUUUAUGCUCUAUUGUCCUGUCUUACCUGUUGUAUAUAUGUAAUAUGUAUAUUAAAGGAAAAGUACACAAUCAGACAAACUUGAAUAUUGUUUUCCCAUCAGGCAAACAGGAAAUUCGGAGCUAUACAUGUGUGCAGAAGGUUACUACCUAUGGUUUACAUUUAAUUUUAAUCAGGAGGGAAAUGAAUGCUUAUUGUAACGGAGUUAAUUUUAUUGAUAAUAAAUUACACACUAUGAAAACGCCACUGGGCUACUGUUGAUGAAUCUGGGGUUUCCGUCGGGUUGAAUAUACACUGUCUAUUUUGCAAUAGUUACCUCAAGGCCUACUGACCAAAUUGUGUUGAAAUGAUAUUUAACUUUUUGCCAAAUAAAAUAUUUUGAUUCUU